AUGGAGGAAGGAAUCCUACCCGAUUCGGAAAAGAAGACGGCCUACAUUCGCGAAGCAGAUAGCCAUGAAACCCUUUCUGAUCUUCUCCAUGGGCAAGUGCCUUCGAAAGCUCCCGUCAAUUGGGGUUUGUCUAGCGAAGUCAUUGCCAUGCAGGAACGCGAUUUGGCUGCCGGCUAUGGCAAGCGUGAACUCGGGGUCACCUGGAGGGACUUGACCGUCGAUGUACUUUCAGCUGAAGCGUCUGUGAAUGAGAACUUUAUCUCCCAAUUCAACCUCCUCCAAACUGUGCGUGAUCUCCGACAAAAACCCGCAAUUAGAUCCAUUCUCCAAAAUAGUCAUGGUUGUGUGAAGCCAGGAGAGAUGUUGCUUGUUCUAGGACGACCGGGCUCUGGCUGCACGACCUUGUUGAAUGUUCUUUCGAACCGGAGAGCUGGCUAUAAAUCUGUCUCCGGCGAGGUCAAAUUCGGUACAAUGAAUCCCGACGAGGCUGAACUCUACAAAGGCCAAAUUGUGAUGAACAGUGAGGAGGAGAUCUUUUUCCCUACCUUGACUGUGGGACAAACCAUGGAUUUCGCUACCCGUUUGAAGAUUCCCUUCCAUGUGCCCGGUGGCGCUACCCCGGCGGACUGGGCGGGCGAUUUCAAGCGCUUCCUCAUGGAGUCAAUGAAGAUAUCGCACACGGAAGAGACCAAGGUCGGAAACGAGUUUGUGCGUGGUGUCUCUGGUGGAGAGAGAAAGCGUGUGUCGAUUAUCGAGUGUAUGGCGACCAGGGGAUCUGUAUUCUGCUGGGAUAACAGUACUCGUGGUCUGGACGCAUCCACUGCCCUCGAGUGGGCAAAGGCCUUGCGUGCAAUGACCGAUAUCCUGGGCCUCACCACUAUCGUGACACUCUACCAGGCCGGAAAUGGUAUCUACGAUCUUUUCGACAAAGUUCUGGUGUUGGAUGAAGGAAAGCAGAUUUACUAUGGCCCAGCAUCCGAGGCUAAACCCUUCAUGGAAAGUCAAGGCUUCAGAUACACCGAUGGUGCCAAUGUCGCUGAUUAUCUAACUGGUGUUACCGUUCCAACUGAGCGAAAGAUUCUUCCUGGAUACGAGGGUAUAUUCCCUCGCAACGCCGAUGAACUCCUCGGCAAAUACCAAAAACACGAGAUCUGCCAGCAGAUGAUGGUGGAAUAUGAUUAUGCCUCGUCCUCGCUCGCUGCGGAACGUACGACUGCGUUCCAAGAGUCAGUCGCAUUCGAGAAGAACUCCUCCCUCCCGAAAAACAGCCCCUUGACUACAUCCUUCCAACACCAGCUCAAAAUUUGUAUCGCGCGCCAGUAUCAAAUCAUCUGGGGUGAGAAAUCCACAUUCUUUAUUCGUCAAUUUGUUUCUCUUGCCAUGGCUUUGAUCGUCGGAUCCUGCUUCUACGACUCUCCGAACACGUCUGCCGGUAUUUUCACCAAGGGCGGUGCUGUCUUCUUCUCUCAGGUCUACCAGGUCACCAUGGCCAUGGCUGAAGUUACUGGUUCUUUCAAGGGCCGACCGAUCGUGACCAAACACAAGGGUUUCGGUUACCAUCACCCUGCUGCAUACGCUAUUGCAAUCCUCACUGCGGAGCUUCCAGUGGUGCUCUUCCAAUGCACUAUCUUCUCGGUAAUUCUCUACUGGAUGUGUGGCCUGAAAGCAACUGCCUCUGCAUUCUUCACCUUCUGGAUUAUUCUUAUUGCUAUCACUUUGACUGUUAACGCAAUGUUCCGAUCGAUUGGUGCUGCCUCCGCCAACUUAGAGGUGGCUUCCAAGAUAUCCGGUGCUGCCAUGAAGUUCCUUGUGAUGUACACUGGCUACAUGAUCCCCAAACCUGACAUGAAGCAUUGGUUUGUGGAGUUGUAUUAUGCCAAUCCUUUAUCUUAUGCUUUCCAAGCAGGAAUUACCAACGAAUUCCAUGAUACCGUCAUGCCUUGUGUUGGCGGAAGUCUGAUUCCUCACGGUGACGGUUACGAUGAUUCCGCUUAUCAAUCUUGUGCCGGCGUGAAGGGAGCUGUCAAGGGUGAGACUUUUGUUACUGGCGAUAACUACCUUGCUGCUCUUCACUGGAAGCACUCUCAGCUCUGGCGCAACUUUGGUGUUGUGUUGGGAAUGUGGGCCUUCUUUAUUGUCAUUACCACUAUUGCGACAUGCAGGUGGAAGGCCGGAGGAGCAGGCAGUAGCUCGCUUCUUAUUCCUCGCGAGAAGAUGAAGCACUUCAAGCGCUCUAAGGACUCGGAAUCCCAAGGAUCAGACAGCAAAGAAGGUCGUGGAAACACCCCUAUUACUACCGACGAUGCUCAGAAUCAAGCCAACCUAGCGAGAAACACUUCCGUGUUCACAUGGAAAAACCUGGUCUAUACUGUGAAGACACCUUCCGGAGAUCGUGUCCUUCUAGACAAUAUCUAUGGUUGGGUUAAACCUGGUAUGCUUGGAGCUUUGAUGGGAUCUUCUGGAGCUGGUAAGACGACAUUGCUUGAUGUCCUGGCACAGAGAAAGACAGAAGGUACGAUUAACGGAACCGUCUUGGUCGACGGUCGCGAACUCCCUAUGUCUUUCCAGAGAAUGGCAGGAUAUUGUGAACAGCUUGAUGUCCACGAAGGCUACGCGACUGUCAAGGAAGCGCUCGAGUUCUCGGCGCUUCUCCGUCAACCUGAACAUGUCCCUAGAGAAGAGAAACUGGCCUACGUCGAUACUAUUAUCGACCUCCUAGAGUUGCACGAUCUUGCUGAUACGUUGAUCGGAACUGUCGGUGAGGGGCUGAGCGUGGAACAGCGCAAGCGUGUUACUAUCGGUGUCGAGCUUGUGUCUAAGCCUAGUAUCCUCAUCUUCCUAGACGAGCCUACUUCAGGUCUUGAUGGCCAAUCUGCCUAUAAUACCGUCCGAUUCUUGCGCCGUCUGGCUGAUGCUGGUCAGGCUAUCCUGGUUACCAUUCACCAGCCCUCUGCCCAGUUAUUCGCUCAGUUCGACACACUAUUGCUCCUCGCGAAAGGAGGCAAAAUGGUUUACUUCGGCGAUAUCGGCGAGAACGGCUCUACAGUCAAGCAGUACUUCGGUCAAUAUGGAGCGCCUUGCCCUAUCAGCAGCAAUCCUGCCGAGCAUAUGAUCGACGUGGUCACCGGUGGUAUUGAAGCUGUGAAGGAUAAGGAUUGGCAUCAGAUCUGGGUGGAUUCGCCUGAACACGCCGCACGCGUUGCAGAACUCGAUGAGAUUGUUGCCGAGGCCGCCGCCAAACCAGCCGCCACACACGAUGAUGGUCGAGAAUUCGCUACCUCGCUUUGGACCCAGAUCAGGCUCGUCACCGCUCGUAUGAGUGUCUCUCUGGUCAGAAACACCAACUACGUGAAUAACAAACUUGAGCUGCAUAUCAUUUCGGCACUUCUUAAUGGCUUCUCAUUCUGGCAUCUUGGAGAUUCCGUUACUGCUCUUCAGCUGAAGAUGUUUACCAUCUUCAAUUUCACUUUUGUUGCACCAGGUGUUAUUAACCAGCUUCAGCCUCUCUUUAUCCAACGUCGUGAUAUCUAUGAUGCUCGGGAGAAGAAGUCGAGAAUGUAUUCUUGGAAGGCCUUUGUGACGGGUCUCAUCGUCUCCGAGUUCCCCUAUCUCUGCCUUUGUGCCGUCUCAUAUUUCGUCUGCUGGUACUACCAAACCCAUCUGCCUACAGACUCUAAGAAUGCUGGAGCCACAUUCUUUAUCAUGUUGAUCUAUGAGUUCAUCUAUACCGGUAUUGGACAGUUUAUCGCGGCGUACGCCCCGAACGCAACAUUUGCCGCAUUGGUGAAUCCCCUGAUUGUCAACUCACUGGUUUUGUUCUGUGGAGCUUUCGUUCCUCAACCUGAACUUAAUGUCUUCUGGAAAUACUGGUUCUACUACCUCGACCCAUUCAACUACGUGGUGGGAGGCAUGUUCACCUUUGGUAUUUGGGAGGCGACAGUAACAUGCAAAUCUGAUGAACUUGCUUACUUUAAUCCUCCUAAUGGAACUUGCCAGUCCUAUCUGGCGGACUACAUGGCUGGCGCUGGCUCUGCCAUCAACUUGCUGAACCCCGAUGCAACUUCCAACUGCGAGGUCUGUCAAUAUACAAGGGGAAGCGAUUACCUGAAGACCCUCAAUAUCAAUGGCUACUACUAUGGCUGGAGAGAUGCCGGUAUCUGUUGUAUCUUCGCCAUUAGUGGCUACGCCUUGGUCUUUGUCUUGAUGAAGCUCCGAACCAAGGCUUCCAAGAAGGCGGAGUAA